UUCCGGGUAGCAGGAGACGGUGGCUCCUGCAGCAGAUGUUACGGUGAUGUGAUCGCAAAGCGCUUAGCAUGGAGGCGGCCGCUGAAAAGCACGAGAGGUCGUGAAGCAGCAGAAGCAAUGUAAAGAAACGACUAAAAUAUAACGAUUAGUCGCCUUACGAUUGAGGAAGUGUUGAAAUAUCUGGCUCAUUGUCACUCACGCUGGUUCCCACCCCCUUGUAACCUGGGGAUGAACGCACCAAUGAGGAGCCUGACAGGUAUGCCUGAUCGCAUGUUGUGUGCCAUGCUGGAGCAAUUUCAGCCUUACUUUUACCUUUGAUCCAUUCCCUUUAUAGCACAGCCAGCCCCAGUAUGCUGAAGAGGAAGCAAAGCUCGCGGGUGGAGGCUCAGCCUAUGACUGAUUUUGGACCUGAUGAAACCCUGGCUGACAAUGCAGACAUUCUUUGGAUAAACAAACCAUGGGUUCACUCCCUUUUGCGAGCCUGCGCCAUCAUCAGUGUCAUCUCUGUUUGCAUGAACACGCCCAAGACCUUUGAACACUACCCCCCACUCAAGUAUGUCACCUUCGCCCUGGACACUCUGCUUAUGUUCCUCUACACUGCAGAGAUGAUCGCCAAGAUGCAUAUAAGAGGCAUCGUCAAGGGUGAUAACUCGUAUGUCAAGGACCGCUGGUGCAUGUUUGAUGGCUUCAUGGUUUUUUUCCUGUGGGUUUCCAUUGUACUUCAGGUCUUUGAAAUUGCUGAAAUAGUGGACCAGAUGUCUCCAUGGGGAAUGCUUCGAAUACCGAGAGCUCUCAUAAUGAUCCGUGCCUUCCGGAUAUACUUCAGAUUUGAGCUGCCUCGUUCUCGAAUUACUAACAUUCUAAAGCGAUCUGGAGAGCAGAUCUGGAGCGUGUCCAUUUUCCUGCUUUUCUUCCUACUGCUCUACGGAAUUCUGGGAGUUCAGAUGUUUGGCACCUUCAAUCAUCAUUGUGUUACCAACGGCACACAGAAAGACAAUGUAACCUGGAACAGCUUGGCCAUCCCUGACACCCAUUGUUCUCCAGAUGGGGAGGGCUACCAGUGUCCCAUGGGCUUCGAGUGCAAGAACCUGAAGGAUCUGGGCCUCAGCCGACAGGAACUGGGCUACAGCGGCUUCAAUGAGCUUGGCACAAGCAUAUUCACAGUGUAUGAAGCUGCAUCUCAGGAGGGCUGGGUGUUCCUCAUGUACCGAGCCAUCGACAGCUUCCCUCGUUGGAGAUCCUACUUCUACUUCAUCACACUUAUCUUCUUUCUUGCCUGGCUGGUUAAGAAUGUGUUCAUCGCUGUCAUAAUCGAGACGUUUGCAGAGAUCCGGGUCCAGUUUCAGCAAAUGUGGGGGUCUAGAAGCAGCACGACGUCAACAGCCACCACACAGAUGUUCCAUGAAGAUGCUGCCGGCGGAUGGCAGCUUGUGGCCGUAGACGUCAACAAGCCCCAUGGUCAAGCUCCAGCCUGCCUCCAGCAACUCAUGCGGUCCUCUAUAUUCCACAUGUUCAUCUUGAGCAUGGUGGCAGUGGAUGUGAUUGUUGCGGCCAGCAAUCAUUACAAGGGUGAAAAUGAACGACGGCACUAUGACGAAUUUUACCUGGCAGAGGUGGCCUUCACCGUUCUCUUUGACCUGGAGGCUCUCCUGAAGAUCUGGUGUCUUGGGUUUACAGGAUACAUUACCUCCUCUCUUCACAAAUUUGAGUCUCUGCUGGUUGUGGGAACAACACUUCACAUCUACCCUGACCUCUACCACUCCCAGUUCACCUACUUCCAGGUACUACGAGUGGUGCGGCUUAUUAAGAUUUCCCCGGCGCUGGAAGACUUUGUGUACAAGAUCUUUGGGCCAGGAAAGAAGCUGGGAAGCCUUGUCGUUUUCACAGCAAGUCUCCUCAUCGUCAUGUCUGCUAUCAGUCUGCAGAUGUUCUGCUUCGUGGAGGAACUGGAUCGGUUCACUACAUUUCCACGGGCAUUUAUGUCCAUGUUCCAAAUUCUCACACAAGAAGGAUGGGUGGAUGUCAUGGACCAAACUCUGGUUGCUGUUGGACACAUGUGGGCUCCAGUAGUGGCCAUUUACUUUAUAUUGUACCAUCUUUUCGCCACUUUGAUUUUGCUAAGUCUUUUUGUAGCAGUAAUAUUAGACAACCUGGAGCUCGAUGAGGACUUAAAGAAACUCAAGCAGCUGAAGCAGAGUGAGGCUAAUGCAGACACCAAGGAGAAACUCCCACUGCGUUUGCGGAUCUUUGAGAAGUUCCCAAACCGGCCACAGAUGGUCAAGAUCUCCAAACUGCCGUCAGAUUUCACCGUGCCUAGGAUCAGAGAGAGCUUUAUGAAGCAGUUCAUCGACCGACAGCAGCAGGAUGCCAGUUGCCUGUUCCGAAGGCUCCCCUCUGCUUCGUCUUCCUCUUGUGAUCACUCCAAGAAGUCCGCUAUCGAAGACAACAAAUACAUCGAUCAGAAGCUGCGAAGAUCCAUAUUUAGCGUCCGUGCCCGAAAUCUCCUAGAAAAGGAAACAACUGUCAACAAAAUCCUAAGGGCUUGCACCCGGCAGCGGAUGUUGAGCGGCUCCUUCGAGGGGCAGCCUGCCAAAGAACGUUCCAUACUGAGCGUGCAGCACCACAUCCGCCAGGAACGCAGGUCAUUGAGACACGGGUCCACCAGCCAGAGAAUCAGUCGAGGGAAAUCACUAGAGACGCUGACACAGGAUCACUCCAGCACGGUACGGUACCGAAAUGCCCAGAGAGAGGACAGCGAGAUCAAGAUGAUCCAAGAAAAGAAGGAGCAGGCCGAAAUGAAACGUAAAGUGCAAGAGGAGGAACUACGAGAGAAUCACCCUUACUUUGAUAAACCUCUGUUCAUUGUCGGGCGAGAGCAUCGCUUUAGGAAUUUUUGCAGAGUUAUCGUACGGGCCCGUUUCAAUGCAUCCAAGACGGACCCAAUAACAGGAGCUGUGAAAAAUACAAAGUAUCAUCAGCUAUAUGAUCUCCUGGGCCUGGUUACCUACCUGGACUGGGUGAUGAUUGUGGUCACCAUCUGCUCCUGUAUUUCCAUGAUGUUCGAGUCUCCAUUUACCAGAGUUAUGCACGUCCCCACGCUCCAGAUUGGCGAGUAUGUGUUUGUCAUCUUUAUGAGCAUUGAACUCAACCUGAAGAUCAUGGCCGAUGGACUUUUCUUCACCCCAACAGCAGUUAUCAGAGAUUUUGGUGGAGUUAUGGACAUCUUCAUCUAUUUAGUGAGCCUGAUCUUCCUUUGCUGGCUCCCCACGGACGUCCCACCGGAAUCAGGCGCCCAGCUACUCAUGAUGCUGCGCUGCCUGCGCCCUUUACGCAUCUUCAAGCUGGUGCCCCAGAUGAGAAAGGUGGUGCGCGAGGUCCUUAAGGGAUUCAAGGAGAUAUUUCUGGUCUCCAUACUUCUCCUUACACUCAUGCUGGUGUUUGCCAGCUUUGGCGUUCAGCUGUUUGCCGGGAAAUUAGCCAAAUGCAAUGAUCCUCAUAUCAGCAGGCGGGAGGAUUGCCAUGGGAUUUUUCGGAUCAAUGUCAGUGUUUCUAAAAAUUUAAACCUGAAAUUAAGGCCUGGAGAAAAGAAACCAGGAUUUUGGGUGCCACGAGUAUGGGCAAACCCCCGCAACUUCAACUUUGACAACGUGGGCAAUGCAAUGCUGGCGUUAUUUGAAGUGCUGUCACUGAAGGGUUGGGUGGAAGUCCGCGAUGUCAUCAUCCAUCGCGUGGGACCGAUCCAUGGGAUCUACAUCCAUGUGUUUGUGUUCUUGGGCUGUAUGAUUGGACUGACCCUGUUCGUCGGAGUGGUUAUUGCAAAUUUUAAUGAAAAUAAGGGCACUGCCCUGCUGACAGUUGACCAGCGAAGGUGGGAGGACCUGAAGAGCCGCCUGAAGAUCGCCCAACCGCUGCAUCUACCUCCACGUCCAGAGAAUGGCGGGUUCCGUGCUAAGGUGUAUGACAUCACACAGCACCCUUUCUUCAAAAGGGGGAUCGCAUUACUGGUUCUUGCACAGUCUGUGCUGCUGUCAGUUAAGUGGGAUGUGGACGACCCAGUCACUGUUUGGUUGGCCACUAUGUCCGUGGUCUUCACCUUCAUCUUUGUGUUAGAGGUAACGAUGAAAUUGGUUGCUAUGUCACCAGCUGGUUAUUGGCAGAGCAGGAGGAAUCGAUACGACCUGCUGGUAACCUCACUGGGAGUGAUAUGGAUUGUCCUUCAUUUCGCUUUGCAGAAUGCCUACACCUAUAUGAUGGGCACUUGUGUGAUAGUUUUCAGGUUUUUCACUAUUUGCGGGAAGCAUGUGACUCUGAAGAUGCUGCUGCUCACUGUGGUGGUCAGCAUGUACAAGAGUUUCUUCAUCAUCGUCGGCAUGUUCCUGCUGCUGCUUUGUUACGCCUUCGCAGGGGUCGUGCUCUUCGGAACUGUCAAGUAUGGGGAGAACAUUAACAGGCAUGCAAACUUCGCUACUGCAGGCAAAGCAAUCACGGUAUUGUUUCGCAUCGUCACGGGAGAAGACUGGAAUAAAAUCAUGCAUGAUUGUAUGGUACAACCGCCAUUCUGCACCCCAGACAAGGAUCGUUAUUGGAAAACUGACUGUGGGAAUUAUGCUGGUGCUCUCAUCUACUUCUGCUCCUUCUACGUCAUCAUCGCUUACAUCAUGCUCAACCUGCUCGUGGCUAUCAUCGUAGAAAACUUCUCUUUAUUUUACUCAACUGAAGAAGACCAGUUGCUCAGCUAUAAUGACCUGCGUCAUUUCCAAAUCAUCUGGAAUAUGGUUGAUGACAAGAGAGAGGGCGUCAUCCCCACCUCACGAGUCAAGUUCCUGCUGCGGUUGCUGAGAGGGAGGCUGGAGGUGGACCUGGACAAGGACAAGCUGCUCUUCAAGCACAUGUGCUACGAGAUGGAGCGACUGCACAACGGAGGGGACGUUACCUUUCAUGACGUGCAGAGCAUGCUGUCCUACCGCUCAGUGGACAUCAGGAAGAGCUUGCAACUGGAGGAGCUACUCGCUCGAGAGCAACUGGAGUACACCAUCGAAGAGGAGGUGGCCAAGCAAACCAUCCGCAUGUGGCUAAAGAAGUGCCUGAAGCGAAUCCGUGCGAAACAGCAGCAGUCUUGUAGCAUCAUCCACAGCUUAAGGGAGAGUCAGCAACAGGAGCUCAGCCGCUUCCUCAACCCUCCCAGUAUCGAGACCACGCUGCCCAGUGAAGAUGCCAGCGCCACCAACCAGGACAACCCCUCCCAACCAGAAAUGAGUGGCUUGCAGCAGCUUUUGAGUCCCACGCUGUCAGACCGAGGCUGCCAGCGGCAGGACUCUUCAGACACGGGCAAACCACAAAGGAAGCUGGGUCAGUGGCGACUGCCGGCAGCACCUAAACCUAUUAGUCAUUCUGUUUCUUCUGUCAACUUGCGCUUUGGAGGUCGGACUAGCGUGAAGUCGGUGGUGUGCAAGAUGAAUCCAGUCAGCGAUGAGAUAUCUUCCGGUUCGGAGAUCAAGAAGUGGUGGACACGACAGCUGACUGUGGAAAGUGACGAGAGUGGCGAUGAUCUAAUUGACAUUUGAAGGAACAGAGCCACGUUCAGUACCACUUGUGCAAGAAACCACAUUCAGGAAGAUGAUUUUGAAUACUUUCCUCAUUACCAAGGCACAAGUAUUUUUCAAGUAGUCGACUGAAUAUUAAGCUAAUUAAGUAUACCCUUUAAAUACUUGUAGUUUUUGAUUUUAAGUACUUUGCAAUGUGGCACACAUUCAGGGGAGAUGGUGACUGUAUAUUCUGCUAAUUAAGUGUGGGAUUUGUGCAAUCACACAGUUUGAUUCAGGAUAAUUGAAAAUUUACUUUUGCUGUGUGACCUACAUGUUUUUACCUUUUUGUAUUCUGCGAAAAGACAAAUUAUAAAAGCCAAGUUAAAUACCUCUAUAGAUAAAAUAAAUAGUAAAAUAUCCCUAUCAGUGUAUCUGUGAUUGUUAGUUGUGCCAUUGUGUUUUCCUUGUCACACUCUGAGUGUUGCACAUAUUACUGACAUAGCCUUAGCUUUCUUAUUUUGCUGCAGUGGAACAUUAUUCAGAAUACAGAUUUUUUUUUAUUUUUUUUUAACGGCUGAAGGGAAAAAUAAUAGAUUGCAAUAUGUAAAAUUUGAGCUAUAUGUGACAUAAAAUAUAUAUUUUUAACAUAUUUCUACUAUUUAAUUUCACAAUAGUAUUACAGUAAGAAAUUCCACCUGUUGAUGCAUCUCAAUGAAGUUCUAAUUAUUUAUUUAAUUGUUUAUUUAUAUAUUUUUUUUUCUGAGCGAAGUAGAGGCAGGGGAGAUUAGUGACAAGCCAUUUCGUAUUUAUUGAAAUUAAUGAGGUUUACGAAUUUAUCAUGCAUAAUUAUUCUGAUUAAGUGUCGCAAGAAACUCAUAUGUUUACAUUGUGUAUUUAGGUCAGUAUAAUAAAUAUAAACUGAAUGUAAAUUAAAAUAAA